AUGUCAGCCAUGGCUUAUCAGCGUAUUGAAAUUGAAGGUGAGAUUUAUAAAAUUCCUGUCAUAGCGCACGAUGGAAUUCCAUGCAUUCUUUUCGAUGAAAUCAAUCGUUCAUUUGGCUAUAACUACGUGAUAGUGUUGAGGAAUGAAGAAGGUGUUCAACUUCCGCUCGAACGUAAUGAAGAUCUUUCGAUAAAGAAUCCUCAGCGAACGAGAGCAAAUGUUGAUGAAACUUUUAUAGCCGUUAUUGAAAAACGAUCUGAUGAUUGCGAGAAAAAAAUGUUAUUCGCCAUUAUGCAGAUCCAAGAACAAAUAAAGCAGAUGUUAGAUAAGCAAGAUCUUAUUCUCUUGAGUGAAAAACGAAUUGAGGCAAAACUUGACGCUAUUUUCCUAGAAAUCUAUGAACUAGCUGAGUAUACGGUACCUCGUUUAUUCAUCGUAUUACCUGAGCGAGGAUCAUCUUGGAAUCCGUCACGUAUGUUUAAGAACACUUAUCGACUCUUCUUUCUAUGUGAAUGUGACAACAUUCAUUGUGCCUUGCACGAAGGGUAUAUAAUCGAAGAACCGAAAACGUUUUUUCGACGCUAUGGUUCACAUAUUGCAAGAACUAUGAAAGUCAUUCAAUAUGCGAUUUCGAUCGGCGGAGGUUUCUUCUUUCCAGUCCUCGCUUCAAUUAACAACGUCGAUAUACCUACAUUUUUGACGGAUCAAAACUUCUGGAAUUCCUUCGUCAAAAAUAUGAACAUCAUGGCAAACUUUCUCGAACAUAUUUCUCUUAAGAAAACCGAUCUUGCUUCCUUUGGACAAACUCACCCGUCAGAUUCCGUGGAAUUGAGAGGAAUCAAACAGUUUCUCGGUCGCUAUGAUACGGAGCAAACUCUAGGAAGAUUAUAUCGAGUAGUAAAGUCUGAUGGAGCAGUGAAAUGGCUAUGCAAAUAUCACUAUGAUAAUCAAUUUUGCACGAAAGAAGCGAAAGCGUUCGUCCGUGAGUUUGAGACAAAGAGAUGGGGACAUAUAAACAAACAAAUGGGUGAAGCGAUAGUUAAGGAAAAAGUGACAAGCACAGAAAUUCGUCAGCUGAUCACUAUGUUUCGUCGAGGAUCCAAUAUAUAUAAACUGACAUUACAUGAUUGCCGAGUCAAUGAUAGCGAUUUGGAGUUUUUACUUUCUUCAUUUCAAACACAAUCAUUCUUGAGAGACUUGGAGUUCGUCAGUCUUUCAGUCGAUUCAUGGAUGGGAGACCGAUCGCCAGCGAGUAUCGUACAAAAAUUAGAAUGCAGUUCAAUACAUAAGUCAUUGAUGACGGUGACGCUGAGCAUCAGCAGGAACUAUACAGAGCGAUUAGAUGAAGCUACUGUCGAGUUGGCAAUUCGCACGCUCAUGCCUGACUUUAACGCAAGAAUUUCUGUAAAUUUUUUUCUAAAGAUAAUUGGCGUAGAAGCAGCAGUAAUAAAAUCUGACAAGCACUUUUCAAUUAGUGGUUCAAUAAGUACAAAAGUUUUAAAUUCUCUGGCCACUGCUUUAGGCAAGAAUGCGCACGUACGGCAGUUGGUCCUGACCCAAAAUAGACUAAAACAUAAUGGCAUAGAUCUGUUAGCGCGUAAUGUCAUUCGCAACACGUCAAUAACUGAUUUAUGCCUAAGCAGAAAUGAACUUGGUGAUUUUGGUGUGACACCACUACUGACUCUCUUGCGGUUAAGUAAAGUUUUAAAAUGCUUAAGUCUGGAAUUAAAUAGAAUAGGAGACAAUGGCGCUUUUUACAUUGCUGAGGCAAUAAAGAACAACUUAACUUUGGAAUCUCUCAAUUUAAGUUAUAAUCGUAUAGGAAUUUCAGGCGCUCAAGCCUUUGCUGAAUGUCUUUUAGUUAAUGCUGCUUUACAAGCAUUAAAUUUGUCAAAUAACACAGUUUACAGCGAAGGCGCCGCAGCUAUAACAAACGCUCUAUCCAAGAAUCAAAGUCUCAAGAUUCUAAAUUUAUCUCACAAUGAAAUCAAGCGUCUAGGUUCUAAAGCAGAUGUUAAGAAUUUUCUCAUCAACAACCAUUCUAUUCGAGACAUCGAUCUAUCGCUCAACAGUUUCGCUGAUUCUGCUAUUCUUGGUAUUGCUGAAGGCCUAUCAAAUAAUUCCACGCUGAUUACGUUGAAUUUGACCUCGAAUGAGUUCGGAAAUAAGGGAAUUAUUGGCAUUUUCGAAGCUUUAUUGGAAAACCUGACACUGCAACAUCUGUUCAUUGGUGAUAACAAAAUCUCUGAUAAUGCAGUCGAAUCUAUGUUAACUAUGUUCCAUGACAACUCAGUUCUAAAAAGUAUUUCGAUUCGAGCUGGUCAAUUCUCUACAGAUGGAUUCAGUAAAAUCCUUCGGUAUCUUGAGCAAAGUGUUCUGACUAGUAUUGACCUUAGCUAUAGUGCUUUCCAUUCAGACGAAGAGUUUUAUAUUUUAGCUGACUCACUGCGAAAAAAUGACCAUCUUCAGACUGUUGAUCUUAGCGGUGUCGGUAUUACGAAUAGACAAUUGCGUCGUUUAGCUAAAGCAUUUAAAUAUCCAACGAAUUCCGUUAUAACCCAUCUAAAUCUCAGCUCAAAUACUAUUGAUCAACGCGGUGCCAGUACACUCGCUGAUAUGUUAGCAUUAAACAAUACACUGCUGGAACUCAAUCUUGAACAUAAUCGUAUCAAUGACGAUGCCUUAAAGUUACUGUUAAAUUCAUUACAAACCGAUACGAAAUGUCCUUUGAGAAGGCUCUUGGUUGGUAACAAUGAUUUAUCGACAGCGUCCGGCUUAUUAGUAGAACAGUUUAAUAAUGCCAACGAGCACGUCAACGUUUUACUCGAAUGA